AUGGAACCUACUUUUCCUCUACUACGUCUUCCCGAGAAUGCUAUUUUCAAUGUUCUCAAAAAUACGAAUCUUGAUCAACUAUUUAUCAUUUCCCUGGUCUCAUCAAAAACCAAGAGCCUUGUGACAUCAUUUGGCAUAAAAGCCCGUGAUGUUCACAUCGGCAUUUCUCGUAGGAUUAGAAUAAAUGUGUACACUACGAAAUCCCAUUUUACUCUGAGUAUCUAUAACGAUCCGAACGAUAAGAAUGAGUUGUUCUACGCAGACAUUACUCCUCCAAUUACUGAUUAUUUUAAAUAUCAAAGCAGAAGAAUUCAGACAACCACUCCAUUUAACUUCAGCGAUUGGAUGAAACACAUUCAGUUAGUGUUCUGUUACAGUCAACCACUAGACCUUGGCUUUUAUCAAUAUUGUGAAAGAUUUGAAGUUCAAUCGUUGAAAGAUGCAAUUGGAAAUGUCGAUGUUCUCUCUGUAGCUGGUCAAGUAACUGAUGUUUAUAAAAAGGAAGUUUUGAAAUGUUUCAAUGCACCCAACGAAUUAUUUCUGGAAAGGAACCCAUUCGACGAAGUUUGUGAAAUUCAAAAAUUAUUUAUUCAAAACUACAAAAUGAUCGCAUUUCCUGGUGUAUACUCGUUGGAUGACAUGUUAUUGGUCAACAGUGAAAAAGUCAGAUUCACAAAACCAAUAUCUCAGAAACAGUUCAACCAAUUCCUUAAACACUGGAUCCGUGGGUCUAAUCCAAGACUACAAUACAUGUUUCUAUCAAUCGAUAACACUGAUUCCGUGAGCAGCGAAGAGCCUCUGAAAGGAAUUGAUUGUUUUGAUGUUGCGGAAGAAGAUCAACAAGAAAUCUGUCGGAAAUACAGAAUUAAAAGUUAUUAUAUGGUUGCGAUCAGACGGAAAGAUGGGACACCUGCAGUGAUUGCGGCCGAGGAUUUCCUGAAUGUUCUUUGUGUCCGUUUCAUCGUUUUUUACUAA